AUGGACCCACACCAGCAGGUUGCCAGCUUACGGAAUGGGAGUACAUUACAGGUUUCUGGGCGCGAGAAAACCUCUCAGUAUGUGAACCAGGUUCAAAGGCGGGAGGACAGGCCCACGGAAGGGAGACGGUAUACCUGUAGUGAAUGCGGGAAGAAGUUUGCCCAGAGCUCAGGCCUCGUUCGACAUCGGAGAAUCCACACUGGUGAGAAGCCCUACGAGUGUGGUCACUGCGGAAAAGCCUUCAGCGUGCGCUCCACUCUCACUGUGCAUGAGAGAAUCCACACUGGCGAGAAGCCCUAUACCUGUAAUGAGUGUAGGAAAGGCUUCAGCGUGAGGGCACACCUGAUCAUACAUCAGAGAAUCCACAAUGGGGAGAAACCGUAUGAAUGUAAUGAGUGUGGCAAAGCAUUUAGUGUGAGCUCAGACCUUAUCAAACAUCAGAGAAUCCACUCUGGUGAAAAGCCCUAUGAGUGUGACGAGUGUGGGAAAGCCUUCAGCGUGAGCUCCGCCCUCAUCAAACAUCAGAGAAUCCACACAGGAGAGAAGCCGUAUGAGUGCAAGGAGUGUGGGAAGGCCUUCUAUGUGAACUCCGCCCUAGUUAACCACCAGAGGAUUCACUCUGGAGAAAAGCCGUACGCGUGUGGAGAAUGCAGGAAAGCCUUCAGCCAGAUCUCAACCCUAAUUCAUCACCAGAGAAUCCACACUGGAGAGAAACCGUAUGAGUGUGAUGCGUGUGGGAAAGCUUUCCGUGGGAGUUCUAAUCUUACUAAGCACCAGAAAAUACACGCCAAAGGAAAGUGUCAUCAUUGAUUUAUGUGGCGAAGAUAUUCCAAAGGCCUUUUUUUUUUGUAUCAGGAGUUAACACUAAGAGAAGGGCAUGGAAGAAGUUGAUGUUUUAAUUGAUGCUUGUCCUUUAGAAUAUUGAAGAAGUGAGAAGUUCGUGAAAAGUGCUCCAAAAUGACUAGUUAAAGCUCUGAAAUCACGUCGACUUCUGAGAAUGCGCUUUCACAACUCACAAGGAUGGAGGUUUGCAGACAGACUCUUCUGGGUGGAGAAUACUCUUCUGAGAUCAGCACUGAAGUGAUGCCAUACCCCACCCCAAACCAGCGCAACUGAAUCCUAAGCAGUAAGUGGUUCAAGCCCAGCUCUACAAACAAGGACGUGGGACCUGUGAGCCUUGCAGAUCAGCUCCUGACCGUCCAGCCGAAUUGUGAUCCUUGGGAACACAGUCUUGUGCAAAAGAACAAAGCCUCAAAAUGUGAAUCCUGGUGGGGUUUUGAAGCACUGAGUAGAUCGCAUCCGCCUGGGAGCUGUAUUUCUGGCAAGAAAAGUGGUGUCUGGGGGUAGAAUAAAUUUAACACCAAAAGGUUAUUUACAAA